AUGCUUUUUCUAACUCUGGUUCUACUUCUUGUUCCGGUUGCCAGUCCUUUCAGACUACCGUUCAAGCUUGUGGCUGUCACCAAUGUUACCGUCGCUGAAGAACAGGUUGGUUUGACGAUCAUUUCCUCAACGAGGAAUACUUGAAAAGUUCAUGAAGUUAUGCUCAUAGUCCAAAACAAACUUCGAAUUUUUUUAGACGGGUUUUGUCCCAGUCUUUAGACAAGUUUUCAUCAAAUUGUCUAGGGAUAACCCUAGAUUCUUAAAGUAAAAAAUAAAGUUCCGAGUUCAUGGCAUUUUUCUAAAGGUCCAACAAAUCUCCAACUACUUUGUGGCCAACAUCAGCAUCGGUACGCCACCUCAAUUGUUCACAGUCAUCGUCGACACUCUCACCGCUGACCUUUUUGUUCCUGAUCUGAGCUGCGAUAUUCCUAAAGGAGUUUGCUCUACUGACGACUGUACAGGAGGUUGAAAAUUUCUACAAGCUCAAAGUUCAUUUGAUGAAGCCCGUUUGAAGUUUUCUGCGCCGACUUGUGUCCUGAUAAAAAGUGUUGCAUUCAAAUUCAUGACACCACAAAUACAUCCAGCUGUUAUGGAAAACGACAAUUCUACUCGUAGUUUUCUAUUAUUAUCUUGAAAAGAUUUUUUUUUUGUUCAGAUCGCUUUCCAGCACCUACAGUGCUCUGAAGAAACCUUAUACCAUUGUUAACAGUUACGGCACCACUGUAGGCUUCACUGGCAAAGACGUUGUUAGGGUAAACUUUCUGUAUCUUCAAUUCAAAAAAUUCAAACUAUUAUAGUUGGGAGACGACCCAAAGCAAACCAUCACGAUUCCUGACGUCUCUUUCUUGCAAGCGACUAAUGUCGGAGAAGCUAUAAGACAAGUGGACGCUGAUGGGGUUUUGGGUAUAAAACAAAAAAACCCAACUGUCUCUUUAAAACCAAUAUCAUACUUGCAGGGCUCGCUUUUCAAAGCGCUUCUCAGACAAACUCUGUACCUCCUUUUAUUCAAGCCGUAAAUCAAGGUAUCUGAGAAGUUUUAAUCAAACAUGUGGAACCAUCAGGAGACGUGAAUGACUCAAUGUUUUCGAUUUGGUUAGAACACCAAAAUCAAACCGACGACCUGGGUACAUUUGGUGUUAUUUAUUACGGAGGUUUUCAAAACAAAAGAAAGUUUCUGAAAAAGGUUUCAAGGAAUCGAUCCUUUUCAUUGUUCUACGGCUCGGCAAUCUGUAGCUCUUUCUGGCGCCGGUCGUUAUCAAAUCACAGUGGCCAACGUCAAUACAACUUCGGGAUCUAAGUCACAGUCGACUAGCAAAAAUACUCAGGCAAGAGAAUGAAAAUCUUGAAAUAUAGAGGUUUACUUAGACUUACCUCGACUCUUCAAACAGCAACAUUGAUGUGCCUUCUGCUAUCAUUUCAAACAUUCAAAAUGUUCUGGGAUUAACAGCGGGAACAAUUUUUCCCCCAGUGGUUCCUUGCUCCACGAAAAUCACUCUGGGGUUCACUUUUGCUGGAGGUUUUCCCUUUUUUAGCAGCGUUUUCCACAUUUACACUCAUUUUCUCAAGGAUCUUAUCAAGAAGUGACUGAGAGGGAUUUGAUUCAAAUGAUAGUGCCUGGAAUUUGCAAACUGCAAGUUACCCAAAGCACUGAUAACAGGUGAAAACUGAAAAUCCUAAAUAUUUCAUUGCUUUUCAGGGUUCAUCUUGGAAUUCCCUUCUUUCGAGGAAGAUGUACUUUCUUUGACGUCAAUCGGCACACAAUUGCUUUCUCGCCUGCGCUUUCUCAAAACUAA